CCCCCUCCCCCCCAAGCAAAGCAAAGCUCAACGAAGCGCAAAGAGCAAGCACAAGAGAAAGUGCAAGCGAAAGUAUAAGCGCCAUGUCAGGACGGCUCUUCUCACAGUCGCUCGCCGACACUCGCAAGGCGCCGACCAGCGGAUCUUCCAGCCGCAACUCGCCGUACAGUCGGGACGGACCACGGCGCGGCGGAGGCGGCCCGGAAAGCGGUCCUUGGAAGCACGACAAGUACGACGAGCUGCAUCGCGCAUCGCCCCAUCCGCCGAGCCGCGCACUGCAAGUCGAGCACCUGCACUACGAGGUGACGCCUGCCGAGCUCAAGGAGCUGUUCGAGCGCAUCGGCCCGCUGAAGCGCGACCCCAAGAUCAUGUACGACCGCUCAGGUCGCUCAACGGGUACGGCGUACGUGACAUACGAGCGGCAGGCGCACGCGCAAGAGGCGCGCACAGAGUAUGACGGCGCCAAGGCCAAAGGUCAGACGAUCAGCAUCGUCUUUGUGCCCGAGCGCGCUCCGGCUGCCGGUCCGGGUGGAGGCGACUCGUUUGCAGCUGGCGGUGCGGCAUCGCGCGGCGCUCACGGUGGAGCUGGGCGUGCGGGCAAGGGGCUUGCGCUCGCCGACCGCAUCAACAAGGGUGAUCUGCUCAGUAGGCUCAGUGACUCCAAGUCCGCUCGAUCCUCAUCCGCAGCAACAGCAGGCGCGUCGGCGCGUGAGAAGCACAAGCGCAGUGUCGACGAGAGAGUAGAUGGAGGCGGAGGUCGUGUACGGGGAUCGCACGGCGGUCGUGGCGGCGGCGGCGGGAUUGCGCGUGGGAAAUUUGCCGAGAAGAGCCUAGCGGACCUGGAUGCGGAGCUCGAGGCGUUCAUGAAGGCGCCUUCUUCGUCUGCCGCUGGUGGUGGUUUCUCUUCCGCGCCAGCAGCUUCCUCAACAGCAGCAGCGGCGGCGCCAGCGGUAGCGGCGACGACCGCCACGCCAAAUACGGCCGAGGGUGCGGGGACGGGCAUGCAUAAAGCUGCGAAUGCCGAAGCGGCUGCUAGUAUCCAUGCGCCGCGGAACCAGGACGGUGACGUCGAGAUGGAAGGAUAAAUGCUGGCACGUACGCACACCCACUUGCAUUUGCGUCUCUUUGCAACAGACCCCGAGUGGAUCCGUGCUGAAACGGGCGCGGUUCGGCUCGGAAAUGUUUUUGCGGGUUUCGAAACGUGGCGUUAUGUACUACUAUAUACAUAUUACCA